AUGGAAGAUACCGAGCCUGACGAUGAAGGCGAGGAAUAUAAAAUAGGCAAAAAUAUAAUUCAUAACAAUUUUUAUAACCAGAAUUUUAUAAAAAAGUUUUUUUUUGAAAAUAUCGAAAGAAAGGAAAUUGAUUAUCUUAAGAGGGAUAAAAAAAGCAGCAACAAUAAUAAAAAGUUUAUUGUUCAUUUAGUUCCGUCCAAGAAUUCUUCUUUUUAUAAUUUUCUUCAAAAAAAAAAAAAUGAUGUUUUAAAAAAAUAUGGACAAGAUGAAACAUAUAAAUAUGAUAUACAUAUAAGUGUGACCGGAUAUUUUGGUUGUGAUAAUAUAAAUGUAUUUAUACAAACCUUAUAUCAUUUUAUGUUUCAAUAUGUAAAAUUAUAUUAUACAUUUAAAAAAGUUAUUUUUAGAAAUUUAUAUUAUCAUAUAUCUCUUCCUAACAAAGCUGAAGUAGAAUCAUUUAUUUUAAAAAAAGAGAAAAUAAAAUAUGAAAUUAAAACAGAAGAUAAAAUACAAAAUGUGAAUCCAAACAUAUUUAAAAAACAAACUAAUUAUUAUUAUGAUGAGGAGGAUCAAAAGCAUCCUCCAGGUUAUUUAAAUCAAAAACAACAUAUUAUAGAUAUUAGGAAAAAAGAUAUAACAUACACAAAAAAUAAUGAAUCUGAGGAAUGUGUUCAAAACAAUCAUGUUCCUUGUAUUAAAGAAACAAGAAAAAAAAAUACUCAACCUACAGAACAUCAUGUUAUAACAACAAAUGAUGGUUAUGUUAUAGUCCCUAUACAUUGUGAGUGGUUAAAAAGGAUAUUAGAAAAUUUCUUUUUUAUAAUAAAAAAUAAUAAUAUCAUAUCCUAUAACACAAUUACAAAUGGUAUGUAUACUAUAAAUAACACCAUAUCGAAAGUUCAUGAUUCUAUUAAAAAGAAAAAUAUAAAUUUUAGUAAUAAUAAAAAUAUCUUAUCCUAUGAUCCUUAUAAAUGUAAAUUAUUAUUACUAACACGUCAGAAUUGUAAUUCUAAUAUAUCUUCAAACACAACAUCGAAUAUGUUAACUUUGAAAAAAAAGAAAAAACAACAUGAUAGUACAACAUCCGUGGGUACAUCUAAUAUGGAUAAUACUUUAGAUAUUAUAUCAUCUUCCGGAAAAUGUGACAUUUUAAUUAAUCAAUAUAGUGAGCAUGUCAAAAAAAAUUAUAAUAAUGACAAAAAAAUUUGUAUUAAUGAUGAACUUACUAUUACAUCAUUUGGAAAUAUAAAUUCUCAUUCUAACAAUCUUGUCGACCCGUCCGUGUUUAAUAAAACCAUUACUUCGAUGGAAGGUGAUUAUAUGAGGAACACCUUAAUAUGUAAUAAUAAGAGCAGUAUAAAUAUAAUUAAUAAUAAUAAUAAUAAUAAUAAUAAUAAUAGUAGUAGUAAUGAAUGUUUAGGGGGUGCUAGCCAUAUGGAAAAAAAUAACCUUAGUAGUAAUAAAAGCGAUAGUAGUGAUAAAACAAAUAAUUCAAAGAAAGAGAAAAGAAAAAAAAAAAGUAAUCAUAAUAAUCAUAAUAAUAAUAAUAAUAAUAAAAGAACAGAUACUCAAAGAAAAGAUACUUUGAAUAAUAUGAAAUACAAAUAUAACAAUUUUAAAGUAAACGUUUCGGAUUUUAGAGUUAAGGAUUGUAAUCAUAUAUCCUUAGCAUGUAAUAGAAAUAAUAAAUAUAUACAAAAAAAUAUUGCAAAUAUGUAUAAAGAUUUGAAAUAUUAUUUUUUAAAUUGUUCUUGGGAUCUUGUUAUGUUUGAAUGUGAUGAAAAUGUUUUUCCUCAGACAAAUAAGCAAAAUAAAUUUUUAAACGAAAUUUUAAGAGUCAAAAAUUUUGCUGUAUCCUAG